UGCCGAAGAAUCUGCUGUCCCCAACAGAGCUUUGCAACGUCUCUCCAGUGGUUUGGCACACCCUGCCUGCUUUCGGGGGGCCGGGGCUGGGCUGUCCCCGCUCUGUCAGCUGGGAGCAGGGGUGCUCAGGAGCUGCGUGGCCAGCAGUGCCGGCGUGCUGGGGCUCGCAGCUGGCUUUUUAGCUGGCCAGGACUUCAGGAUCUCUCUCACCCCAUGGCCAGCGGCCAAAUGGUGUGGCUGGGUGGCUGCCAGCCCUUGCGUUAAUAGCUGCCAGCUUGCAGUUUGAGGUCACCCGUUCUUUCCAGUCUUUCAUUCCCACCCCCCCUCCCUUAUUUCACGCCUGUAGACAACCAGCAGGCAGCAGCCCUGCUGCCUCUCUUUGCUGAGGGAAGCGCUUCGGCUUCCCUUUGGGCCAGGACAGCAUCACCUCGCAGAACAGCAUCCCUCUUGAGCAUCCCCAGAUGCCAGGAGGUGCCAGGACACCGGAGGACACCUUUAGCCUCCCGGGGCUCUCCUCCUCCCUGGAGAGGUGAAACACGGCUUGGGAGACCAAAAACAUCCUCUCAUCUGCCCCAAGGCAAAAGAAAACACCCCAAAGCCAGCGUGCGGGCUUGUGCCAAGGCACAGCCCCUCGCAAAAUAACUUGUAGCUGCCGUCAUCCCCCGCCAAGGGCUCCGGGAGGGUGUUUUACGAGCAGCUCGCUAUGAAUAAACCUCCCUUUCCAUAACCCGACGCCCAGGGAUAAAUGGCUCUGGGGAGGUGAUGCCGCCCCUCGGAGCGCCCGGGGAUGGAUGCGCCGGGGGGGAGGAAGGAGGAGAAGGCGGAGGAGGAGGAGGAGGAGAAGGAGGAGGGCGGUGGUGCGGGCAGUGGCCGCCCCCGUCCCGUCCCGUCCCGCCCCGCCGGCACCGGGCACCGGGCACCGGGCAUGGAGGCGGCCCCGGGCGCUGCUCCCGGCCCGCUGCUGCUCUGCCUGGCCCUCGCCUCCGGCUUGGCGUUUUUCACCUGUGUGGGUGCCGAUGCCAACGUUACCGCCGGGCACAGCCCAGAGGGGCUCACCUGCGGCACAGCUGAGAGCUGCACGGGGAACACGACACAACUGAAGAGGCAGGGACACUUCUCCAGGUGUCCGGAGGAGUACAAACACUACUGCAUCAAAGGGAGAUGCCGCUUCCUCAUGGCCGAGAAGACACCAGCUUGUGUGUGCGAGCGAGGCUACACGGGGGCUCGCUGCGAGAGGGUGGACAUCUUCUACCUGCGAGGUGACCGGAGCCAGAUUGUGAUCAUCUCUGUGAUCGCCGCCAUCGUUACCCUCAUCAUCUUCAUCAUCUGCGCCUGCCUCUGCAGUCACCACUGUCGGAAGCAACGUAGGAAGAGAAAGGCAGAAGAGAUGGAGACAUUAAACAAGAACUUGCCCUCCAAAAGCGAGGAUGUGCUGGAGACAGGCAUCGCAUGACGGAGCUCCAGGUACCUGCAGGCGGGUCCCGGACCGUGGCACCAACUUGCUCGAUGGGCGAGGGCUAAAACCUACAACGGCUUGAAUAAAGGGGUGAUGGAAAGGUGUCUGUGUGUCACCAUGGUCCUCACAGGCCACUCUUGCCACCCACUGUGCCGCUAUGCUCCCCAAAUUCCCCACCCAGGGGCAUUUAGUAUGAGAUGCAAUGGCAUCAAGCUGCACCAGGAAGGUUCCGAUUGUAUAUUAGGAACUAUUUCUUCACCCAAAGGGUUCUCAGGCUGCCCAGGGAGGCAGUGGAGUCCCCAUCCCAGCAGGGGUUUAAGAGAUGGGUGGAUGAGGUGCUCAGGGAUAUGGCUGAGCAGCGGGCAGGUUCGGUUGAACUCGAGGACCUCCAAGGUCUUUUCCAACCAAACGCUUCUGUCCUUUUCCCACCUCCCCGACCGCCGGUGCGGGGGGGCUGCGGGGCCGCACGGGGGCCGCCAGGGGGCGCCCCGAGGCUUCGCUCCCUCACUCCGCACUCGCCAGGGGGCGACGCAGGGCGGGCACCGGGGCGGGGGGCGCUCUGCGGGCUCCGGGGAGGCGGGACCUGGCUCCGGGGCUGCUCCCCCGCCGCGGUGGGCUGAGCUGGGCGGGAGCGACUGGGCUCUAAGGUCCCGUCCACCCAACCCAUUCCAUCAGUCUACCAUAAACCGCUCCCCGUGGGGUCUCAGCCCCUGAGCUCGCUCUCCAGCCCGGGCCGAACCCCAAAUCCCGCAGCCCUCCUGGCGGCGUCGGUCCGGGACCAGGAUGGGAGGGGGGAAGCGGCGGGGGCUGAAAUAUCGCCCGCCCCGCCCUGGGAGGAGCCUGAGAGGGGGCGUGGCCAGGUGACACGGGGGCGUGGUCACGUGUCGUGGGGGUGUAAUCAUGUGAUAGGGAG